CUCUGUGACACCGCACCAUCACACCGCUGCAGUGAUGUUCGGUGUCCUGCUGAGCGGUGCUGGAUGUGGGCUGGGCCAGCAGGAGUCGGACUACGCGCUGCAAUAAAGAGGCAGCAGCAGCUGAGCGCGCACAAUAGUGCAGAGAAGAGGAGUCCCGACAUCACAGCUGCACCUCCACACCAGCACACCUCCACACCGCCGUGCCUCUCUCAGCUCACACCGGAGAUCAGCCGCAUCAGCGGGGGAACAUGCUGCAGCUCCGACCGGCUCUUUAACUCAUUCGCCCCGAAAAACAAGGCUGCUCGGCGGGCUCCAACACCCUGAACCCCCGGCUGGACCCCGAGCUGCGCACGGAGAGUUAAAAAUAUAUCUUUUACCGUUGGACUCAGUGCAGCAGCCAUGGGCAGCAAGACACUGCCAGCGCCUGUCCCCCUCCACCCGUCCCUCCAGCUGGCCAACUACUCCCUCCUCCAGAGCUCCACGGGCCUCCAGCUGCCAGCGGAUCACUUUCACAGCAUCUACAGCUUCAGCGCCCUGCACGCCAUCCAUCUCCACCAGUGGACCCUGGGCUACCCGCCUUUGGCCCUUCCCCGCUGCACCAUCUCCAAGCUGCCGGCUCAGUUCUCCUCCAUGGCCUCCAUCCCCAUGUUCCCACACCUCCUGCAGCCUAAGCAGGACACGGCGGGGCUGCUGCAGAGCUCCAAGAACAAACCUCGCUUUGACUUUGCCAACCUGGCGGCAGCAGCCACGCAGGAAGAUCACCUGAAGGCGGAGGAUUUGAGUAUGACGGGUGCUGCCGCCGCUGCCGCAGCAGCAGCACAGGCUUCAUCUCACCACCCGAGCGCAGCCGGCCUGGGAUGCCUCCUAGAUGUGACCAAACUCUCCUCGCCGGAGCGCAAGUCCAGCCGGGGCCGACUGCCCUCCAAGACCAAGAAAGAGUUUGUCUGCAAGUUCUGUGGCCGCCAUUUUACCAAAUCCUACAACCUUUUGAUCCACGAGAGGACGCACACGGAUGAGAGGCCCUAUACCUGUGAUAUCUGCCACAAAGCCUUCAGAAGACAGGACCACCUCCGGGACCACAGAUACAUUCACUCCAAAGAAAAGCCCUUCAAAUGUCAGGAGUGUGGGAAGGGCUUCUGUCAGUCCAGGACUCUGGCUGUCCACAAAACAUUACACAUGCAGGUCAAGGAACUGAAGCCAGCCAAGAUCAAGUGAUGACUGUGCCAGCAGCAGGGAGGGGACGGGGACACUGGAAAAACACGACCAAAGACAACAGCGGCCAAAGAACAACCAAAGACUUCUUCAUCUCAGCUGUCGGAGGCAGAGUGCUCUGCUUCUGUGGGAAUACUCCUCAAGGAUGAAAUAUUUCACCAGCCACUUGUUAAAGGAAUAAUGCAGAAAUAAGCCGUAGUUAUCAAAGCCUGACUUGGCAGUGGAUGUGUGGAAUGUGAAAUGAAAAAAAAGAAAAACCCUUGUGGCUGCUCAGUGCGAAUACUUUGCUCAGAAGCUUAUAAUCCAAAGACUUUCAAAAAGGGACACAACUCUUAUGCAACUUUUUAAAUUUUUUUUUUUUUUUUUUACAAAAAUGAGAAUGAUCAAAGCCAUGUUAACACAUUUUCCUCCUUUUCAAUAUCA